AUGAGUGACGAGAAAAGAAUAGUGAAAGCCCUUAAGGAUCAUUUGAAUGCCAAAGGGAAGCCACUAUUCGUAUCAAAUUCUAUCCGAACUCACAAAUAUACUGUUUUAACAUUCUUACCUUUAAACUUAUAUCAUCAAUUCUCAAGACUUGCUAACUUUUACUUUUUAAUCAUCGUUUUACUUUUACAAUUCAAGUGGGCUCCAAUUUCAGCUAAUGCCGCUCUAUUUCCAUUAGUUAUUGUUAUCGGUAUCUCUGCAAUUCGCGAAGCUAUCGAAGAUUUUCUCAGGUGGAGGAGUGACCAACGCGUCAAUGCUACUCCAGCAACCAAAUUGGUUAACGGAGCAUUUACAGAAUGUCGUUGGGAUGAAAUUAAAGUCGGAGAUAUCAUUUAUCUCAAGAAAAAUGAGCAGAUUCCAGCAGAUGCUGUUUUCUUAUCUUCUAAUGAAUCAUCCGGUACUGCUUACGUUGAUACAUGUAACUUAGAUGGAGAGACCAAUCUUAAAAUCAAACAAGCGAUCAAAGAAACUCUCCAAUUGACUGAACCGCAAGCAUUAAUCAACGCAGAUAUGCAAGUAGAAUGUGACUUACCAAAUAACAAUCUUUACGUAUUCAACGGAAAUAUCCGUGUCAAUGGUUCACAGCAUCCAUUAGACGAUGCUGCCCUUUUCCUUCGUGGCAGUAUCCUCAGAAAUACAAACUUCGCUAUCGGAUUAGUCGUUUAUACCGGUCAUGAUUCCAAGAUCAUGAAAAAUUCAUGCGAUGCACGUACGAAACGAUCAUUACUUGAACGUGGCCUCAACUGGAAACUUAUCUCCAUAUUCAUUACCAUCCUCUGCCUGUCAUUAGCCGCAAGUAUCUCUGGUUUUAUUUAUGAACAGAAAACAAUUAACGAAAGCAUGGUCUGGUAUUUCUACAGGAACAAGGAAAACAGACGUAACCCACCAUAUGCGUUCUUUAUCCUCUUCGUUUCCCACAUUAUUGUCAUAAACGCCAUGAUUCCAAUUUCAUUGUAUGUUACAUUAGAAGUUGUCAGAGUUUUCCAAGCGAUGUUUGUUACAAUGGACAGCGAGAUGUACGAUGAAGAGAUUGGCGUUGGCUGUUCCAGUAGAACAACAAACAUUUCCGAUGAUUUAGGUCAAAUCGAAUACAUUUUUUCAGACAAAACAGGAACAUUGACAAGGAACGUCAUGGAUUUCAUGAAAUGCUCAAUAAAUGGAAAGAUCUAUGGCUCAGGAAUCACAGAAGUUGGUUACGCAGCUGCUAAAAGACAAGGUUUGGAUGUAGAACCUCCAAAGAAAAAUCAAAAAUUUUAUGAUGAAAAAUUCUCUCAAUUAUUAAAAAGUGACACUCCUGAAAUGGUCAAACACUUUUUAUUACUUUUGAGUACAUGUCAUUCUGUUAUUCCCGAGAAGGAUGAUACACAACCAUACGGAAUCAUCUUCCAAGCACCUUCUCCAGAUGAAGCAGCAUUAGUUCAAGCAGUUGCUGACAUGGGAUAUGUUUUUAAGGAAAGAGGUGUUGAUUACAUCAAAGUAGAGAUCAACGGCGAAGAGAAGAAGAUAGAAUUACUCGCAAACCUCGAAUUCACAUCAGCAAGAAAGAGAUCUUCCGUUUUAAUUCGUCAUCCAGACACUAAAAAAUGUAUAAUUUACAUGAAAGGAGCUGAUGACACGAUAUUAAAGCGAUUGAAAGAAGAAACAGACUUGGAAAUACAGACAAGACAACAUUUGGUUGAAUUCAGUAAUUCCGGCCUCAGAACAUUAUGUUUAGCAUACAAAGAACUCGAUGAAAAAUUCGUACAAGAUUGGUUGGCCAGAUACAAAGAAGCGAAUUGUUUAGUCGUAGGAAGAGACGAAGCUGUUUCCAAAGUCAGCGAAGAGAUAGAGAAGGACAUGAACCUUAUAGGAGCAACAGCAAUAGAAGACAAACUCCAAGAAGGUGUACCAGAUGCAAUUGAUUCUUGUUUAAAGGCAGGAAUUCACUGUUGGAUGAUCACGGGUGAUAAAAUGGAAACUGCUAUUAAUAUCGGUUUCGCUUGUUCUUUAUUGAGUUCUGACAUGGUUAUUGUCAAAAUCAAUGAAGAAACAAUUGGCGCGGAUAUUGAUAAGGCAGAAGCAGCUGUUGGUGAUCUCGCUUUGGUUAUACAUGGAGCUGCAAUUCCGGAUUUACUUGACAAAUUUGUUGACAGAUUUAUUGAAUUGACAAAAAGGUGUCAUUCUGUAAUUUGUUGCAGAGUUUCUCCACUUCAAAAAGCGCAAAUCGUUUCAGUGAUGCGCCAAAAGACUAAAGCGAUGGCUCUCGCAAUCGGUGACGGUGCAAAUGACGUAGGAAUGAUAUUAGAAGCUGAUGUUGGUGUCGGAAUUUCUGGAAAAGAAGGAAGACAAGCGGUUUUGGCGUCAGAUUAUGCCAUUGGAAAAUUCCGUUAUCUCAAGAGAUUACUUUUAGUCCAUGGACGUAUGAAUCUCUAUAGAAACAUAGAGUGCAUAUUCUACUCUUUCUAUAAGAACAUGGCUUUCACUUUCAACCAAAUGAUUUUCGCUUGUUAUUCUCAUUUCUCCGGCCAAACAAUGUACGAUGGCGUUCUUUACACAAUUUUCAAUGUUUUCUUCACAUCAGUUCCCAUCGUUGUUUAUUCGGCCUACGACAGAGAUAUUUCACUCGAAGCGAUGAUGGAAUAUCCAGAACUCUAUAAGCUAGAUGGAAAGAAGAAAUGGUUGCAAUCAUAUCCUCUUUUCCUCCUCAAUCUUUUGUACGGAGUUGUUCACGCGUUUUGUGCUUUUUAUGUCACGUUUUUGUUUUGUGGCAAUUUUGUCAGCCACGACGGUUAUCAGAUUACUCUUGCUGAAUAUGCUGUUACUGUUUAUCAAUGUGUUGUUGCAAUUGUUAAUAUCAAGAUAGCGUCAUUGUUUAAGUACUGGAAUUGGAUGGUUUGGUUGUUUGUUUGGGGAUCAAUUUUGAUUUAUCCAUUGUUAGUUUUGUUGCUCGACAAAAUGAAGAUUUCAAGGAAUUUGGCUGGUUUGUCUAUCAGAUGGCUUAGAGAACCUGUUUAUUGGUUCAGUACUAUUGGUGCAAUGAUUCUUGUUUCUAUUCCAAUUGUUUUGCAAAUUUUGAUUAUGGAUGGAAGAAAUUCUUUGAGGAAUAGAAUUAUUUUCGCUUCUCGUGCCAAAGAUCAGUCAAAGAAGGUCAUGUCACAAGAAUUAUCUGAUGUCUCUAAAAUAAAUGAUCAUAUCUUAUGA